GCUGUGUGUGAGUGCGUGUGUAGAGCAGCUUAGGGAGCCAGGGGCUAAGACCCAAAGUGCCCCGGAGCUGCGUUGGGGAAGACGGGAAUUGUCCUGGAGCUAUGAGCCGGGCGACAGGGCGUGGGGCCUUGCCCAGGCUGCGCGGGGGCGAGCUGGCUGCUAAGUUGCCGGGUCGCUGCGUGGGGCCCAGCAGGUCGGGGCGGAGAGUUCGGCGGCCGUGGGGGAAGAGGUGGAGCGCGGGGACGUUUCGAGUCCGUGGAGCUAGGCGCCGGGCGAGGUCCUCGGUUUGGGAGACGCGCUGUGUGAGUGCAGGAAGGCUGCAGGACUGUCGGCGGCCAUGGGGGAGGAGACAAGCAGCGGAGACAGCAGACGCCUCUGGGGAGAAUGAGGCUUCUGAAACACCUGGAAUUGCAGGCUUGCUUGAGGCUGCAAGGGACCCUGGGGCUGUGUGGGUGAACGGGGCCGUCGGGGAGCCCGAGGUGGUGGGACCUGCUGGGUCUGUGUGGGUGACCGGGUCUGGGGAGGAGGAGACGGAAGAUAGGAGUCCCCGGGGCUGUGAGAGAAAAGGUCGUCCUGGAUCUCUGGGGCAUGAGAGCAUUCUUCAACUGUGGUUGAAGGUGCAGGCUAUGAGGGCAGCUUCGGGAUGUGGGGAAGGAAGCAGAGUCGAGCUCCAUCCUGCAGGAGAGGGACCAGUUGAAAGGGGUGUCCCUGGCCGAGCUUCCUGGGUAGAGACAAGCUGUGGUGGUGUUACAGGACCUUGGGUGAAAGGGCAGGCCAGGGUGUUCCCCCAGGCCUCAGGACUGUCCACAGCUAUGGGGCUAGGGGCGGGUUAUGACAGAGCCUCAGGCUUCUGUGUACAGGGACCGGCUGGGAGAGUGCCUCCUCUUGUGGAUGUGCCUGGGGCUGCUGAGACAAGUUCUGGGAUUGCCUCACACCUACUGGGGAGGGGACAAGCUGUGGGAGUGCCUGGGGAUGUGGAGGCGAUAGGCUGUGGAGUUGCUCCAGGCCCUUGGGGAAAAGGGCAGACUGUGGGGCUGCCUAGUGCCACGGGGUGGCCUGGGGCUGUGGGAGUGCCCCGAGCUGUGGAGGGAGAGAUGGGCUGUGGAGGUGCCCCAGGUCUUUUGGGGAGAGGGCAGUCAGUGCAGACUCUGGCACAAGAGGCAGUCUGUGGGGAUACCCCGAGCCUAUGGGGCAGGGGACAGGCUUCGGGGGUGCCUGAUGCUGUGGGGGUCCCUAGAGCUGUGGUGGAGGAACCCACCUCUGUGGGCACCCCAGGCAUAUGGCAGAACAGGCAGGCUGUGGAGGAGACAGGCUCUAGGGGUAUCCCUGGCCUGUGGGGCAUAGGACAGCCUGUAGGGGUGCCCUGUUCUACUGCAGAGGAAGCUAGAUGUGGGGGUGACCCUGGAUUCAGGGAAAAGGGACAGGCUGUGUGGGUAGAGACAGGUUCUGGAGGUGAGCCAGGGUCAUGGAGAGCUGCAGAGACUGCAGAGUUGUCUGGUCCUAGUGAGCAGGAGGCAGGUUUUGGGGGCACCCCAGGCCUGUUGGGUAUAGAACAGGCCCUGGGAGUACCCCAGGCUUUGGGGAAGCAGGAGACAGGCUGUGCAAGUGUCCCAGGAUUGUGGAGAACAGGACAGCCAGUGGCGAUGCCCCAGGCUGUGGUGGUACCCGGAGCCAUGGGCGAAGAGACAAGCCGUGGUGGUGUCCCGGGCUUGUGGGAUAGGUGGCGGGCUCUGGGAGGGCCUCCAGCUGCGGCAGUGCCAGGGCUUGCAGGGGAGGAGACACGCAGUGGGAAUGUCCUGAGCCUGUGGGAGAGGACGCAGGCUAUGAGGGAGCGAGGGGCUCCGGUGCCUCCAGCUUUAGGGGUGCCUGGGCCCGGGGCGCAGGAGACUGGCUGUAGAGGUGUCUCCUGUCUGUGUGGGAGGAGGCAGGCUAUGGGGCUGUCUGAGACAGUGGGGAUACCCAAGGCAGCAGAUGUGCCCAAGCACAGGUGUGCCCCAGCAGGGGUACCCACAGGUGUGUGCGUGCCUGGGUCUGGAAAGAUGCCUGCCACUGUGUGGGUGUCUGGUCCUGUGUGUCAGGAAAGCAGCUCUAGCGCCAUUUUGAAUUUGUGGGAAAGGGCUUGUGCUGCCGGCAUACCCAUGGUUUCAGGGAGGACUCUGGCUCCAGAGGAGCUAUGGCCUGUGGGGGAAGAUGGUGGUUCUGGGGCUUUCCCAGGACCAUGGGGAGGGAGGCAGGCUACUGGGGUUCCCGUGGCUCCGGAGGUCCCUGGGCUUGUGAGGGAGGAGACUGGCUCUGGGGGUGUCCCAGGGCCUUGGGGAAGGAGACAGAGUGUCAGAGCUCCUGUGGCCACUGAGGUGCCCACUGCUCCUAGGGCACCUGGUCCUCUGGUGGUAGAGACUGGCUCUGAGGGCUUCUCAGGCUCGUCAGGAAGGAGGCAGACUGCUGGUGGGGCACCCAUGGCUCCCAGGCUGUCUCGGCUUAUGCAGGAGGAAACUGGUUCUGGAAGCGUCUCAGGGUUGUGGCGGGAGAGAGAGAUAGUCAGGAGACCCACAGAUGCCACAGGUCCUGCAAGGAUGGGGGUGCCCACCUGUGCCGGGAUGCCUCAACCCACAGUGGAGAAGACUGACUCUGGGGGCAUCUCAGGCUUGUCGGGAAGCAGACAGACCCAUGGGGUCUCCAUGGCUGUGGGGCUGCCUGGGUCUUUGGGGGAGGAGACACUCUCUGGAGGUCUCUUGGGCCUAUCAGGAAGAAGAGAGACUGCUGGGUUGCCUGUGGCUGCUAAAGUUUCCAUGGCCAUGGGAAUGCCCAUGGCUUCUGGGCUCCCUAGGCCAAUGGUAGGGAAUACUAGCUCUGAGGACAAUGGCUCAGGCAUGUGGGGGAGACCAGCCACUGACGUGCCCACCGCUGCCAGGGCUCCCAGACCUGUGGAGGGGGACGUGGGCUCUGAAGGAGUCUCAGGCCUGUGGAGGAGGAGACAUAGUGGAGUGGUCCCUGAGGCCGCGAGGGUGCCUCUGCCUUUGGGGGUUCUUGCAGCUGUAGGAGCUCCCAUGGCGGGGCGUGUGCCUGCUGCAGUGUGGGUGACUGGGUCCGCAGGUGCAGAAGCGGAUGUGGGUGUCUCAGGCCUGCCAGUGGUGAGAAGACAGUCCGCAGAGGGAGUGGGGGCUUCAGAGGAAGAGGCGGGAGGUAGGAGUAUCCUGGGACUGGCAGGGAGGAGCCAGCCUGUAGGGGUGUCUCACACCUGUGCGCAUGGGGCUGGGUUAUGGAGCUGUCCAAGGUCUGUGGGGGAAGAAACAGCCUGUGAGAAUGUUCCAGGAGUGUCAGGGAUAAGAACAGCUGUGGGGGUGCCCCCAGUUCCAAGGGAGGAAAUAGGGCUUGGCCAUUUCAGAGAUCACCCACAUCAGAGUGAGGGGAGACAGGCUGGAGGAAUGUCUGCAGUCAGAGUGAGGGAGAACAGUUGGGCAGAGAAUUCGGUGGGGGAGGACAGAUUGAGGGGGAUGUUCCAGUAGUAUGUAUAGGGAGCAAGUUGGGGGGAGGUGUCCUGGGGCUCUGUGGGAGGGAACAGGUUGGGGGGAGGUUUGUCCUGGGUUGUGGAUGAAGGCACAGGCUGUAGGGGUGAAGAUGUCUCAGGAUAUGUAGGGUGACAAAUUGGGAGGUUUCCUAGAGCAAUGGGGAAGGGACAGAUUGCAAGGAGAGGAGUGCCCCAGGACUUUGUAUAGGGGUGGGUGUUUCUGGACUUUGUGUGUGCAUGUGUAUGUGUAGCAUCACUUGAGGUUUCCUGGAACUGUGGGGAUCGCCUAAUACUGUCCUAGUGGAGAAUGGACUGUUAGGCCUUUGGCACAUGGAAGCCACCAGGGGGAAAGUACUGGCCAUGUAAAAGUUGCAGAUGCCCUGGCCCCAAUUCUGCACACUCCAUUCUGUGGCUCCAGUCCCCAACCUGUGAUGAUGUCAAGCCAGUUGGGAUUGGCCUCGCUAGUGUUCCUUGUCCCAUCUGCUUCUUUGAUCAUGUGUCUACAGCCUUAGAAAUAAGAACUCUUGGACAGCUAUCUUUAUAUUCCUACAGAUGUAUCUGUCUUUAAGCAAAUC